GUGCGGAGGGAGUGGGAACGAGGCGGCCCAGCGUAGAAAGUGUCUGGCUCCUCGGAGAGGCCUUGUACGCCCAGCCGCUCAUGAGUUCUUCUGCCGCGAGCAGCGCCGUCGUUAAGCCAGCCCGGUAGCCUCGGCUUCCCCCGGGACAGGCCCACGCCUCGCCGGGGAGGGGGCAGCCCUCCGAGGCGCCUCCCUACUCAGCGUCGGCGUCGCGGUGCGACCCUGGAAGCGGGAGUCGCCGCGAGCGAGAGGAGGAGCUUCAGCAGCGGCAGCGGGCAGAGGCACCAGCGGCGCCAGCGGGCGGGAUCGAGGCCGUCAACAUGGCGAGCGCCUCGUACCACAUUUCCAAUUUGCUGGAAAAAAUGACAUCCAGCGACAAGGACUUUAGGUUUAUGGCUACAAAUGAUUUGAUGACAGAACUACAGAAAGAUUCCAUCAAGUUGGAUGAUGAUAGUGAAAGGAAAGUAGUGAAAAUGAUUUUGAAGUUAUUGGAAGAUAAAAAUGGAGAAGUGCAGAAUUUAGCUGUCAAAUGUCUUGGCCCAUUAGUGAGUAAAGUGAAAGAAUACCAAGUAGAGACAAUUGUAGACACCCUCUGCACUAACAUGCUCUCUGAUAAAGAACAACUUCGAGAUAUUUCAAGUAUUGGCCUUAAGACAGUAAUUGGAGAACUUCCUCCAGCUUCCAGUGGCUCUGCAUUAGCUGCGAAUGUAUGUAAAAAGAUUACUGGACGUCUUACCAGUGCAAUAGCAAAGCAGGAAGAUGUUUCUGUUCAGCUAGAAGCCUUGGAUAUUAUGGCUGAUAUGUUGAGCAGGCAAGGAGGACUUCUUGUUAAUUUCCAUCCUUCAAUUCUGACCUGUCUACUCCCCCAGUUGACCAGCCCUAGACUUGCAGUGAGGAAAAGAACCAUUAUUGCUCUUGGCCAUCUGGUUAUGAGCUGUGGAAAUAUAGUUUUUGUAGAUCUUAUUGAACAUCUUUUGUCAGAGUUGUCCAAAAAUGAUUCCAUGUCAACAACAAGAACCUACAUACAAUGUAUUGCUGCUAUUAGUAGGCAAGCUGGUCAUAGAAUAGGUGAAUACCUUGAGAAGAUAAUUCCUUUGGUGGUAAAAUUUUGUAAUGUAGAUGAUGAUGAGUUAAGAGAGUACUGCAUUCAAGCUUUCGAAUCAUUUGUGAGAAGAUGUCCUAAGGAAGUAUAUCCUCAUGUUUCUACCAUUAUAAAUAUAUGUCUUAAAUAUCUUACCUAUGAUCCAAAUUAUAAUUACGAUGAUGAAGAUGAAGAUGAAAAUGCUAUGGAUGCUGACGGUGGUGAUGAUGAUGAUCAAGGGAGUGAUGAUGAAUACAGUGAUGAUGAUGACAUGAGUUGGAAAGUGAGACGUGCAGCUGCUAAGUGCUUGGAUGCUGUGGUUAGCACAAGGCAUGAGAUGCUUCCAGAAUUCUACAAGACAGUCUCUCCUGCACUGAUAUCCAGAUUUAAAGAACGUGAAGAGAAUGUGAAGGCAGAUGUUUUUCAUGCGUACCUUUCUCUUUUGAAGCAAACUCGUCCUGUGCAAAGUUGGCUGUGUGACCCUGAUGCAAUGGAACAAGGAGAAACACCUUUAACAAUGCUUCAGAGUCAGGUUCCCAACAUUGUUAAAGCUCUGCACAAACAGAUGAAAGAAAAAAGUGUGAAGACCCGACAGUGUUGUUUUAACAUGUUAACUGAACUGGUAAAUGUAUUACCUGGGGCUCUAACACAACACAUUCCUGUGCUUGUACCAGGAAUCAUCUUCUCACUGAAUGAUAAAUCAAGUUCAUCAAAUUUGAAGAUUGAUGCUUUGUCGUGUCUAUAUGUAAUCCUCUGUAACCACUCUCCUCAAGUCUUCCAUCCUCAUGUUCAGGCUUUGGUCUCUCCAGUGGUGGCUUGUGUUGGAGACCCAUUUUACAAGAUUACAUCUGAAGCACUUCUUGUUACUCAGCAGCUUGUCAAAGUAAUCCGUCCUUUAGAUCAGCCUUCCUCGUUUGAUGCAACUCCUUACAUCAAAGAUCUAUUUACUUGUACCAUUAAGAGGUUAAAAGCAGCUGACAUUGAUCAGGAGGUCAAGGAAAGGGCUAUUUCCUGUAUGGGACAAAUUAUUUGCAACCUUGGAGACAAUUUGGGUUCUGACUUGCCUAAUACACUUCAGAUUUUCUUGGAGAGACUAAAGAAUGAAAUUACCCGGUUAACUACAGUGAAGGCGUUGACACUGAUUGCUGGGUCACCUUUGAAAAUAGAUUUGAGGCCUGUCCUGGGAGAAGGGGUUCCUAUCCUUGCUUCAUUUCUGAGGAAAAACCAGAGAGCUUUGAAACUGGGUACCCUUUCUGCCCUAGAUAUUCUAAUUAAAAACUAUAGUGACAGCUUGACAGCUGCCAUGAUUGAUGCUGUUCUAGAUGAGCUCCCACCUCUUAUCAGUGAAAGUGAUAUGCAUGUUUCGCAGAUGGCCAUCAGUUUUCUUACUACCCUGGCAAAAGUGUAUCCCUCUUCCCUAUCAAAGAUAAGUGGAUCCAUUCUCAAUGAACUUAUUGGACUUGUGAGAUCACCAUUAUUGCAGGGAGGAGCUCUUAGUGCCAUGCUAGACUUUUUCCAAGCUCUGGUUGUCACUGGAACAAAUAAUCUAGGAUAUAUGGAUUUGUUGCGCAUGCUGACUGGUCCAGUUUACUCUCAGAGCACAGCUCUUACUCAUAAGCAGUCUUAUUACUCCAUUGCCAAAUGUGUAGCUGCCCUUACUCGAGCAUGCCCUAAAGAGGGACCAGCUGUUGUAGGUCAGUUUAUUCAAGAUGUCAAGAACUCAAGGUCUACAGAUUCCAUUCGUCUCUUAGCUCUACUUUCUCUUGGAGAGGUUGGGCAUCAUAUUGACUUAAGUGGGCAGUUGGAACUAAAAUCUGUAAUAUUAGAAGCUUUCUCUUCUCCUAGUGAAGAAGUCAAAUCAGCUGCAUCCUAUGCAUUAGGCAGCAUUAGUGUGGGCAACCUUCCUGAGUAUCUACCAUUUGUCUUACAAGAAAUAACCAGUCAACCCAAAAGGCAGUAUCUUCUGCUUCAUUCCUUGAAGGAAAUUAUUAGCUCUGCAUCAGUGGUGGGCCUUAAACCAUAUGUUGAAAAUAUCUGGGCCUUGUUAUUAAAGCACUGUGAGUGUGCAGAGGAAGGAACCAGAAAUGUUGUUGCUGAAUGUCUAGGAAAACUCACUCUAAUUGAUCCAGAAACUCUCCUUCCACGGCUUAAGGGGUACUUGAUAUCAGGUUCAUCGUAUGCCAGAAGCUCAGUGGUUACAGCUGUGAAGUUCACUAUUUCUGAUCAUCCACAGCCUAUCGAUCCGCUAUUAAAGAACUGCAUAGGUGAUUUCCUAAAAACUUUGGAAGACCCAGAUUUGAAUGUAAGAAGAGUAGCCUUGGUCACAUUCAAUUCGGCAGCACAUAACAAGCCGUCAUUAAUAAGGGAUCUUUUGGACACUGUUCUUCCACAUCUUUACAAUGAAACAAAAGUUAGAAAGGAGCUUAUAAGAGAGGUGGAAAUGGGUCCAUUUAAACAUACAGUUGAUGAUGGUCUGGAUAUUAGAAAGGCGGCUUUUGAGUGUAUGUAUACACUACUAGACAGUUGUCUUGAUAGACUAGAUAUCUUUGAAUUUCUUAAUCAUGUUGAAGAUGGUUUGAAGGACCAUUAUGAUAUUAAGAUGCUGACAUUUUUAAUGUUGGUGAGACUCUCUACCCUCUGUCCAAGUGCAGUACUUCAGAGGCUGGACCGACUCGUUGAGCCGUUGCGUGCCACAUGUACAACUAAGGUAAAGGCAAACUCAGUAAAGCAGGAAUUUGAAAAACAAGAUGAAUUAAAGCGAUCUGCCAUGAGAGCAGUAGCAGCACUGCUAACCAUUCCAGAAGCAGAGAAGAGUCCACUGAUGAGUGAAUUCCAGUCACAGAUCAGUUCUAACCCUGAGCUGGCAGCCAUCUUUGAAAGUAUCCAAAAAGAUUCAUCAUCCUCUAACUUGGAAUCAAUGGACACUAGUUAGAUGUUUGUUCAACAUGGGGACCAUUACAUUUGACCAUAUGAUGCACUGAAUUGACAGGUUAAUCAUAAGACAUGGAAAGAGAAGUGUCUAAAAUGUUCUCUUCAAAAUGUUCCACUUUUUUUUUUUUUUCUUGAUGGAGACAGUUUGGCUUCUUCCAUUGUUUUUGUAGCAUUUAUUUCAGAAAAAUGUAUUUCCAUAAUUCAGAGGUUGUAAAACCACUAAUGUUCUAGUGGUUAGAGCAACAUUUAAAAUGGAAAUUAAAAGUUAGGAUUUGUGGUAUAUGGAGAUAUAGGGUCGGUCCAGUAUCUAUUUACCCUGUAAUGUUUAGGAUUAAAAUGUUAAAAUUUUGUGACCAUGAA